GUAGCCACCAUGGAGCUGCGUCUCCCCGUCUGCGUUCUGCUGGUACUUUGUGUAACAGGGACUGUAAAUGGAGGAAAGAUCUUAGUGUGGUACACUGAUGCCAGCCACUGGAUUAACAUGAAGCCAGUGCUGGAGACGCUUGUGGACAGAGGACACCAGGUGACCGUCCUGGUCCCGAGUUCAUCGAUGUUCAUGAACAGCAGUGAACCGUCUCGGUUUCAGUAUGAACCUUUCAACGUCUCUCUUUCUGUGGAGACUACAAAAAAGUUUAUUGAAGAUUUCAUUCACUUUUUUAUUUAUGAGAUGGAGAACUUGAACCAUGUUCAGGUGUACAUCAGGUAUAUAGAUUUAAUAAAAACAAACCUGGAAAAUACUCGUGAAGUUUUGGAAGGUGUGGUGAAAUCAGAAACCAUCAUGAAGAAGCUGAAAGAAGGAAACUAUGAUUUGCUCCUGGCUGAUCCCGUAUUUACUGGCAGUGAAUUAACUGCAGACAUUUUGGGGAUUCCUCUGGUCUUUUCUUUGCGUUUUACCAUUGCUCAUAGCUGGGAAAGACUCUGUGGUCAGCUACCUGCUCCACCUUCCUAUGUCCCAGCUGCUAUGAGUAAACUGACAGACAAGAUGAACUUCUCAGAGAGAGUGUACAACUUCCUCUUCUACGCUCUUCAGGAUUUCAUAAUAGAACAUUUUAUGUGGAAAGAGGUGGAUAAAUAUUACUCAGAAGUCAAAGGAACCCCCACCACGACCUGUGAGUUGAUGGGUAAGGCAGACAUCUGGCUGAUGAGAACCUACUGGGAUUUUGACUUUCCACGUCCAUUUCUUCCCAAUUUUAAAUUUGUUGGUGGAAUUCAUGGCAGACCUGCUAAACCUUUACCAAAGGAUAUGGAGAAAUUUGUCCAAAGCUCUGGAGAUGAAGGCAUCGUAAUCUUCUCUUUGGGAUCCAUGGUCAAAAACCUGACCACAGAAAAAGCGAACAUAAUCGCCUCAGCCCUUGCCCAGAUUCCACAAAAGGUGUUGUGGCGAUACAGCGGGAAGAAACCGGACACGUUAGGUUCCAACACAAAACUUUACAACUGGAUUCCACAGAAUGACCUCCUGGGUCACCCUAAAGCCAGAGCUUUUAUCACUCAUGGUGGUGCAAAUGGGGUUUAUGAGGCCAUCUACCACGGUGUUCCCAUGGUGGGAAUCCCAAUGUUUGCUGAUCAGCCAGACAACAUGAUGCACAUGAAGGUCAAAGGAGCUGCAGCUAAUAUCAAAACUGAAGGUAAAAUUGAUUUGCUUGAUGGAAUCAAACAAGUUUUAAAUGGGCAGAGCUACAAAGAAAACGCAGUGCGACUGUCCAGAAUCCACCACGAAAGACCCAUAAGUCCUCGGGAGGAGGCAGUUUUCUGGAUCGAGUACACCAUGAGAAACAAAGGAGCAAAGCACCUGAGAGUCCAGGCCCAUGAACUCACCUGGUACCAGUACCACAGCCUGGACGUCCUGACCUUCCUCCUUACUAUAGUUUUGCUUCUCAUGUUCAUCUUCAUCAAGACCUGCAGUUUCUGUUUCCAGAGAUGCUGUGGCAGAAAAAAAACGAAGAGAAAGGCUGAAUAAAAGACUGAACUAGGAUUUACCUCAGGGAACUAAU